UUAGGGUCAGGUGGAAAGUCAGCUGAUUCCACCACAAACAGGAAGGGGAAGUCAUAGUUAUCAAAGUAGUUAUGCACAGACAGCUAACAUAUUUGUGCAUUUGUUAUAUUUAAGACAAAAGGCUUGGAACUCAAAAGAUGUUCGGCGGAGACGAUGAAGACGGGGACUUCUUGUCUCCCACGGGAGGGGCUAAGCUGGCCUCCUUGUUUGGACUAGACCAGCAGGCCAGUCAGGGAAACGAGUCGUUCCAGUACACAGCACCGAAACAGCCCAGAAAGAGUUCCACUUCUGCACCAGCUGCCCAGAAAUCAGCUCCUCCACCUGGAGCUCCUGCAGUGUUAUUUGCCACAGCAGUCCAGACCUUCAGAUAUAUUAAUGGACAGUAUGUGAAGCAGGGCAAGCUGGGAGCAGCCGUGCUGGGAAACCACACAACAAAAGAGUACAAGCUGCUUCUGUACUUGAGCCAACAGAAACAAGUGACUGCUGCCAAGAUUCACGUGGGCUUUGUUUUCACGGUACAGCCAAACAAUUACUGCACUUUUUAUGAUGACCAGAGGCAGAACUGGUCCCUGAUGUUCGAAUCAGAUAAAGCUUCAUCGGACUUCUGCAAAGAGGUAUGUUUGGCCAAAGCGAACUGCACAGCCUCCUUAGAUGCUGUGCUGGUUCAGGAUCUGAGUCUUGGUGAUGGCCAGGCGGUGGAAAAUGGAGACUCUCUGGAGGUGGUGUACACAGGCUGGCUCCUGCAAAACCACGCCAUCGGACAGAUGUUUGACACCAACCAGAACAAGGAUAAGUUGCUGCGACUGAAAGUUGGAGCUGGGAAAGUGAUCAAAGGCUGGGAGGAAGGGAUGCUUGGGAUGAAGAAGGCAGGCCGUCGUCUCAUUGUCAUCCCACCCAACCUGGCUUACGGAUCCAAAGGAGUCCCCAACCGUGUCCCGCCUAACAGCACGCUUAUUUUUGAGGCGGAACUUCGACGGGUGAAGUUUUCCAAGGACAGUGGGUCUGAUCAGGCCAGUGCCAGCUCCAGAGACUCUGCUGCUCCCUCCCCUGCUCCUUCCCCAGCCCCCAGUGUGGAGAGUCUGGCCCCAGAGCCCCAAGUACAGACAACCACCUCAGGUCCAGGCAUGCCAGGAGAGCCACCACUUCGCGCAAAGUCAAACUCACUAAGUGAACAGCUGGCGAAUCCUGACGCCACAAAAGCCAAGCUGAUUUCUCGCAUGGCAAAGAUGGGCCAGCCCAUGUUGCCCUUUCUGACGGGAGUAGCCAGCCAGCCCGAAUCCAGCGACUCGGAACUUGAGGACACCAGUGGCAGCAGAGUGAAGGAUCGGCCGGCGGCUCCUUCCCCAGUGCAGAUAUCCGCUGCUGCUCCAGCUUCAGCACACGUACAUCCUCAUCCUCAUCCUCACACAGCUCCACCUUCUGCCUUAGUUCCCGUUAUGACCACUGUUGGCUCACAGCCUGGGCUUCCAGGCAGCAGCCAUGCCUUUCAGCCUUACUCGUUCACACAGACCCCUGUGGCUCCAUCGCAGCUGCAGCCUGUUGGCCAGGUCUACCCUGCACAAACUGUCCCAUACAUGGGCUCCAGCGAUGUGACGUCCUUCCUGAUGACAGAGGCCCGACAGCACAACACAGAGAUCCGGUUAUCUGUUGGAAAAGUAGCAGACAAAGUGGAUCAACUGGCCUCAAAGAUAGACGACCUUCAAAGGCAGGGAGGUCUUUCCAUGGGCGUGUCCAGUAUGUCAAUGGAAACCUCCAUGAUAAUGCAUAACAUCCAAAGAAUUGUCCAGGAAAAUGAAUGUUUAAAAAAGGAAGUCUUUGAGAAAAGCUCUCGCAUUGAGGAGCAAAAUCGUAAGAUCGGGGAGCUCAUCAACCAAAACCAGAGGCACAUGGAGCAGAGUAACCUGCUGCUGGAAAAGAGGAACGACUCCCUCAAGUCAACCAGUGAACAGAGCCAGGCCAGACUCCUGCAGGCUGAGCAGGACAAGCAUGCACUGCCUCAGGACCUGGGCUCUGGCCAGGUUCGUCUGACAGAGGAUCUGGCUUCGUCCACAGCCCGCCUGUCUCAGUUGCAGUUAGAAGCUUCGGCUCACCAGCAGAAGGCCGUGGAGCUGCAGACUAAACUGAGCUCAGCACUGCAGGACAGUGAGGGCCACAGCCAACGUGUCACUGUCCUGGAAACACAGCUGGAAGAGCUGAAGGAGGCAGCAGAGAGGGUCCAGGCUCAGUACCGCUCAGAGAAACAAAGACGCAAGGAGAUGGAGCUGAGAGUCAGCAACAUGGAAGAGGAAGUGCAGGACUUAAAGACUGAUAAAGAGAGCCUGGAACGAACCCUUUCAGAAAGGAAGAAGAAAUGGCAGAGUGAGCGUCAUCGUCGGGACGAGGAAGUGGAGGAGCUCCGCAAGAGUAGCCAGCAGGAGCUGGACAGUCUCCGGACUCUGCUUCGCAAGGCCAGGACCAGCAAUGACAACGCUGCAUCUGAACAGGUUGCAUCCAAUGAAAGGUUGUCUCAGCUGCAGGUGGAGCUGGAGGCGGAGUGGAAGGGGAAGUGUGAGCAGAUGUUGGCCUCUGCUAAAGAGCAACACAGUAGGGAACUGGCUGAACUAACAGAGCAGAGAGAUGCUCUGCAGGACAAGCUAACCCAGCUACAGGAAAAGGUUACAGUCCUGAAGCAGUCAAGAGAUUCGGAAGAACAGAAUUUGCUACAACACCAUGGGCAGACUGAAGCCCUUCAGGCCCUCCAGGAAAAAUACACAGCCUUGGAGCAGCAAGGAGUAGCUGUAAGAGAGAAAAUGGGGAGAAGAGUGGCUGAACUGGAGAAGAAACUGGCGGAGCAGGAAAGUACAAGAGACACCACAGCAGAGGUGAAGCGCGUGAUGAACGGAGUGUUUCAUUCUCUGCGAGGCGAGUUUGACCUCAGUGAGUCUUACAGUGGCCAGACUGUGCUGGGAGUGAUUGUCACUACCAUUAAGAAUGUAACCUUGCAGCUGCUCAGUGGAACAGAGAGAUCUUCCCUGAGACCGAGCAAGAAUGAAGAGGAGGGAGAAGAAGAAGAGGAGGAAGAAGAAAGUGAUGAUGUGCAACAAAGAGAGGAGUUGCCUCAAACGAAUAUACAUGUGAAUGGAGAGAGGGAAGUAAAAGAGGAUGAAAAGAAGGAAGAAGAACCUGUGGCUGAACUGGAUUCUCAUCAAGUCAGUGAGACCCAGAUGGAUCAGGAAGCAGCAGCAGAGAAAGAGACAGAAACAAUAACUGAGUCACAGCCACAAAGCAAGGCCGAGGCAUUAGCAGCCAAUGAUCUCCAUCCGGUUUCAUCCAGUGAAUUGAAAUCGAAAGAGACGACAGUCAUGGAACCUGAAGUGCAGCAAGAGCAGGCAGAACGCUCUGUUUCUACUGAGGAAAAAGACACGAACAGUUCUGCAGAUCCAGAAGAUGAACCUGCCGACGGACAGGAAUCUGUGUCGGAAAGGAAUGCUGCUGUGAGCAUUGAGGUGCACAAGGAGAGCAUGGACGACGGAGAACAUGUAGGAGAAAUGACUGCUGCUUCUCAGAAAGCCUUUGGACCCCCAGCCAACCCUCCUCCACCACCAAGUGCACCUCAGAACAGCACAGGAGAAGGCAUGAGUCUGACUGGGGGAAUGGGUGAGGAAAAUGGAGAGGCACCAUUUUUCAAGAUUACAACUCCUGCCAACCCCCCUGCAGCACCCAGUGAGGAAGAGGAGGAGGAGGAUGAGAUGAGCUUGAAGGGGCGCCCCCCCCCUGCCCCGCUGUUUGGUGAUGAUGAUGAUGAUGAUGAUGAUGGUCUGGACUGGCUGAGCUGAGUUGGAACCUGAAAAAACCAGAGGUCUGCGUCUUUAAUUUUCAGCACUACUACAAAAAAAAAAAAAAAAAAAAAAAAAAAGGCACAUGGUGCUUUACCAGCUCCCUCUGCCUCGUGGAGCAGUCAAGGUGACGCGAGAAGGCUCUGCUGAUGAACUGGACUGGAUGGAGAAGUCAGACGGCCUGGCUCUGCACCUCCGUGUCAUUUUGCUGGCUGACGGCUGUUGCCACGGCAUCCUGAAGAACAAAGCCACAUCAAUUCAAAUAACAAGCCUGUAUUUCACAGAGGAAUCAAAACAAAUACUUUUCAUCAAUUAUGUGAUAUCUGUUGAUGAUGCAGAUUAAUCCCAAAUUUUUACAUGGCACUGUAGCAGAUUAGUUUGUUGAAUCUGUAGUACUCCUGUAAUCUGUUUUUUGUCAAACUGUAUCAUUACAUGGUUUUUAAUUAUUAGCUGGCUGCUUUAAGAAUAGAACUUUUACACAAUUUUGCUAACCAGAAAUUCAUUCCAGAAAAUAAAUGACUUUGGAGGCA